AUGGUCUCACUCUACAAUGCCUCCAUCCCCAUGAUGCUCAAAUACCUGGGCAAUCUCAAAGUCAUCCUCACAAAGGCCGAACAGCACUGCAUCGCCAAAGGUCUCAAUCAAGAAGAAAUGAUCAAGUUCAGACUCAUCGAAGAUAUGCGGAGCCUCGACUACCAAGUCCAAUCAAUCUCAAACACCUCAAAAUUCCUCGCCACCCGCGUCUUCCACGCCAAAGACACCUACUUCCCCGACGACGAAACAACCUUUCCCCAACUCCAAUUCCGCGUCGACGCCACAGUCGCCAUCCUCGCCGCCCUCACACCAGAGACUUCCUCCAGCCCCAGCCCCAGCCCGAGCCGCGAGGAGGAGGAGGAGGAGGAGGAGGAGGACGGCGAUCGAGAAAUCCUCAUGGAGACAAAAUCAAUGGGCACCUUCCGCUUCACAGCCUACUCCUACGUCAUCCAGUACGCCUGCCCAAACUUCCACUUCCACCUCGGCUCCGCCUACUGCAUCCUCCGCCAUCUCGGCGUGCCCCUGACGGCCUUUGAUUACCUCGACACGCAGCGGGACUUGUUCGUCAAGGUAGAGGAGGAGAAGAAGCCCGAGGAGACUCCUGCCUCAUAG